AAGAUGAAAAAACUGAAGAAGACGAAGAAGAAGAAGGGGAAGUGGUUCGACACAGCUAGCUUGUAUUAGAUUUCAAAACAAAUCUGAUUUGUAUUUUUAUGCGCGGAAAAGAAAGAAAAAACAGUGUGCAUAACAUGAAAGCUUUAAAGCUAAACUGAAAGCUCUUUGCUUCUGCUGUAUUUGUCUGCUUGCUGUAAUUAGACACGAACUGAAUAUCUUGCCAGUCAUCCAUCUAGCUCUACGUGCUAGCUGUUUUAGCUCAGUUGUCAGCGGCUUGUUUUGUUCUGUGUUAAGUGGCAGCCCCAGUUAUAACACAUGAGUGUGUCACUGGUCGUUAUUCGUCUGGAGUUAGCCGACCAGUCACCUUUUCCACAAGGUUUCCAGUACUGCGCUGUUGAAGGCAUGUCAGAGGAGGAGCUACAGGAGAAAGCUCUGGGUUUAGCCAAACACAGUCUGAGUGGAAAAACCGACCUGGAAAGAUCAGCUGUGCUGCACCAGCACAUCGGCAGCAGAGCCAUGGGGGACAUGGUGAUAGAGACCUUUGAGCCCAACCCAAACACAGGUGGACGUGAGGAGCGAAACAGUGAAGUUCAGGAUGCAAAGACUGGUGUAGACAGUCAGGAGGGUGCAGAGGACAGGAGGUUUGUGACAGGCACAGCUCUGGACUCACCCUCCAAGCAGCUGCCGGACCAGAUCUCUUUCUUCAGCGGGAACCCCUCAGUGGAGAUCAUUCACGGUAUCAUGCACCUCUACAAGACCAACAAAAUGACAUCACUGACUGAAGAUGUCAGGCGCAGCGCUAUGGUGUGCAUCAUCACCGUCCCUGCGACCAUGACCAGCCAUGACCUUAUGAAGCUCGUGGCUCCUUUUAAUGAUGUCAUGGAGCACAUGAAGAUCAUACGGGACUCUACCCCUAACCAAUACAUGGUUCUCAUUAAAUUCUGCAAACAGGCAGACGCAGACAGUUUUUACACAGCAUGCAAUGGCCGCCAGUUCAACUCUAUAGAGGAAGCAGUGUGCCAGCUGGUCUAUGUGGAGCGAGCAGAGGUCAUCAAGUCUGAAGAAGGAGCCAGUCUUCCAGUGAUGGAGCUGACUGAGUUGCCCAAGUGCACUGUGUGCCUGGAGAGAAUGGACGAGUCUGUUAAUGGCAUCCUGACCACUCUGUGCAACCACAGCUUUCAUAGCCAGUGUCUUCAGCGCUGGGAAGAUGCCUCGUGUCCUGUAUGUAGGUACUGUCAAACACCAGAACCAGUUGAAGAGAACAAAUGCUUUGAAUGUGGAGUGCAGGAGAAUCUGUGGAUAUGCUUGAUCUGCGGCCAUAUUGGAUGUGGUCGCUACGUUAGCCGCCAUGCCUACAAGCACUUUGAAGAAACACAGCAUACCUACGCUAUGCAGCUCACCAAUCACAGAGUCUGGGACUACGCAGGAGAUAACUAUGUACACCGGCUUGUGGCCAGUAAGACUGAUGGGAAGAUGGUGCAGUAUGAGUGUGAGGGGGACACCUGCCACGCAGAGAAAAUUGAUGCACUCCAGCUAGAGUACUCAUACCUGCUGACAAGUCAGCUCGAGUCUCAAAGGAUUUACUGGGAGAAUAAGAUUGUUCAUCUGGAGAAGGAGACAGCUGAAGAGAUAAACAACAUGAAAGCGAAAUUUAAGGAGACAUUGGAGCGCUGUGAUAACCUAGAGCGACGGUUAGGAGAAAUGACCAAAGACAAACAGAGCAUAGAGAAAAAAUGCACUCAGUUGAACAGUCGAGUGGUGAAGCUGAGCCAAGAGCUGAAGGAGGAGCAGGAGAUGAACCGCUGUCUGAGAGCCAAUCAGGCACAGCUGCAGGUACAGCUGGCAGAGGAGGAACGCAAAGCAAAAGAAAGCGAAGAUCGUAAAGAUGGAACAAUAGCAGAACUGCAGGAACAGCUGAGAGACGUGAUGUUUUAUCUGGAGACCCAGCAGCAGAUUGAACAUCUUCCACCAGAGGCUCGCAGUGAAAUUCAAGAGGGACAGAUCAACAUCCCAGCCAGCCCAUCUGAUGGCGCUCUGGGUUCGGCGGGAGCAGGCCCCUCCUCUGGCAGGGGCAGAAGAGGCCGAGGCAGGAAGAGGAAGUAGGCAUGGCCUAAAGUCAACUGGAACAUGCUAGAAACUGUGUUGCUGCCUCUCACUGUGGACAUGUUUGUGACUGAGCCCAGCCCUUUAUUCAACGUGUAUCUGCAUUAUUGUAAUUGUCCAUAGGGCAGGAAGAAGGAGUAAAUGUUGAUAAUAUUUACCUGCACAUUUUCCUAGCAUAACUCCUAGCUCCUACAAGAAGAGCAUAAGAGAGGAUCGCUCAGUCACUCAAAACAUCAGUGUGAUUCUCUUUCCAAAACUUAAGAGUAUAUAUUUUGAUCAUAAUUUAUAUUUAUUUGAUCAGAAAUAUUUAAUCUGUGCCCAGGUAGUACCAUAUUAUAGUACUUCUUUUCAAACACUGCGUGAUGCUUUUAUUAUUUUAAAAUGCAAAGAUGGUUCUUUUACAAGUGAGAGUAGAAUCAAGGAAAUUUAUGUCCACAUUUUCUGAGUUUUUCCUUAAUUUCUUUGGACUUGGCUGUUUCAUCUGUUAUGUUCCUUUGUUUUGUUUUUCUUUUUGUUCUUCCAUUUUCAGUAGAAACACUCGUCUGAGAACAUGGAGGACAAAAUGCCUUUUUCAGCAGUGCAUUGUAUUGGGACAGGAGUCAGUAUUCACAGAAUGCACAGUAUUUUUGUAUGAGGAGCCUUCCAUCAAUCUGUAUUGUCCCAGUAUCCCUUAUUUUCCAGCUAAUUUCCUGGAAAUCUUUCUCAGAAUUUCUCCCAUAAUAUUCCCAAGACUGUAGUUAUUGACUCUAAAACUACAGUCUAAUACGAUUUUUUUUAAUUUACCCUUUAAAACUCUUAAUAUUACUGGCUGCUAUUCUAUUAUUCUUCCAUUUAAAGAUGAUUUUAAAUUACAAACACUGUGCCCCAUUUGAUGACAUUGACCUUUGGCUCUAAGACAUUAUGAUAAGCAUCUGUAUUAUUAUGCCAUAUAAACAUUAAGAUAUUCCAAGAAAUGAUUAAAAUAACCAGGGUAUAUUAGUUGUAUCCUGGUUAUGUGAUACAUACAAUACCGUUGCAUACAAUACUGUGAUCCUUAGAGCUUGUUUAGAAAAACGCCAGAAGCAUCUGUGACCUUUACAGUUGCAAUCUUGAACAUGGUGUCAUAACCUAGAUGAUGAAAUUAGUGACUCAGCUCCCUCCUUGA